AUGGCACAUUUUCACACGAAAGACUGCUCCAGUUUUUACAGGCUUCAUAAAUUACAUCACCAACUUUUCUCCUAUUCUUCUCCCCAGACUUUUAUUGCAUUGCAUAAAUAAAUAAACUUGUUCAUAUUCCGAAUUAAAUAAAAAGACUGACAUCAUCAUUUAUGAUUUAAUAAAAGUGAAUCAAAGGCUAACUUGUAAAUUCCUAAUCUACAUACAAAUUUUAAACAAGCAGGGACGGCAUUUUACUUAACCGUAUCGUAUACAGUAUUUCAGUUCAGUCGGUGUGGCGAUCGAGUAAUUCGUACUUUUGUGCUGAUAGGUAUUGUUAUUGGAUUCGAGUUUCGGUGGCUUAAUUAUAUUUAGCUUAACCAGGUUUAACGACUUGUUGCAUCAUCACAUCACCAAUGUAAUGUGAGAUGCAUUUUAGGUGACUGAUCCUUAGUGAAAUUGUCAUGUCUUAUUGUACAUCGUAAAAUGAGACAGGGAGAGGAGACGCCGUUAGGAAAAGCUACGGACAGAAAUGCAAUAAUGCAAUGAAUGGGGAACGGAAUGGUUUCAUAUUUCAUUUCAUAGCACUCUCCUCCUCCUCUAAUUUCGUAUUAUCUCCUCUCUCCUCACUAAUUGAGUUAGUCAGUUAGCUAGUUACCAGUUCCAUAAGACAGUUACAGUAAAUUAGUCUGUUAUCCAAAUCCGGUUCUCGUUCCAGCAGGAGGUAAAGUAAAGUAUAGUCCUAUUUAGAAGGUAGUGGAUUGAGGUAGGGUUAGAUAACUAGCAAGUCUACAGUUUUAGAUUAGUGGGUGUGGUUUUCUACUGGUUUGAACAUGAAAGAAAUGGGCAAGAUGAUGUCUUCGCCCUCCUCCUCGAUCUCCUCGAUGGUGAGGAUGAAAAAGGAGGUCGGUCUCCUCGAGGGGGUCGCCAUCAUCAUGGGAAUCAUCAUCGGAUCUGGAAUCUUCAUCUCUCCGAAGGGUGUUUUAGAGGAUGCCCACUCCGUCGGGUUGACCAUCACGGUCUGGGUUUCUACCGGGCUCCUCUCCAUGAUCGGAGCCGUGUGCUAUGCAGAACUUGGGACGACGAUCCAAAAAUCUGGCGGAGACUAUGCUUACAUCCACCAAGCGUUCGGACCAUUUCCUGCUUUUCUCUUCCUCUGGGACGCAAAUGUGGUUUUUGUCCCCACGACGAACGCCAUCAUGGGAUUGACCUUUGCCAAGUACGUGACGCAGCCGUUCUUUCCUGCCGGAUGCAUCCCGGACAGCGGAGUUCGUCUCAUCGCCGCGUCCGCCAUCAUUUUCCUCACUUUUCUCAACUGUUACGACGUUCGGAUCACGACGAGGAUGCAGAACGUGUUCCUCGUCGCGAAGGUGGCCGGACUGGGGACGGUGAUCGUGGCUGGAAUGGUGCAUCUCUUGCAGGGGAACGUCUCCAAUUUUCACGACCCUUGGAAGAACACGCAGACUGAUCCCAGCCUCAUCGCGGUCUCGUUCUACUCGGGAAUAUUCUCAUAUGCGGGCUGGAAUUAUCUCAACUUUAUGACGGAGGAGCUGAAGGACCCUUACCGCAAUCUGCCCAGGGCCAUCUAUAUUUCCCUCCCACUUUGCACGAUAGUCUACGUUUUAGCGAAUUUAGGCUACAUUGCCGUCCUCAAUUAUGAUCAGAUGAUGCACAGUGACGCGAUUGCAGUGACAUUUGGAGACAAAGUUCUUGGCAGCAUGGCUUGGGUGAUGCCGGUCUUUGUGGCGUUAUCAACCUUUGGCGGACUCAGUGUUCAUAUCAUGACCUCCUCCAGGCUUCUAUUCGUGGGUGCCCGAGAAGGUCAAAUGCCCUCCAUGCUGUCCACAAUUAGCUCGAGACGACUCACACCGGCACCCGCUCUGGCAUUUCUGUGCGCUCUGAGUCUUUGCUACCUCUCGACAAGCGACAUCUUCGCCCUGAUCGAAUACUCCUCCUUCGUCGAGUCCGCCUUCAUCUUUGUCACCAUUUCCGGCAUGGUUUACCUCCGUGUAACAAGGCCAGAUUUACCCAGACCGAUUCAGUUUCCACUCUUCGUGCCCAUCAUAUUCCUCUUCCUCUGCGGUUUCCUCGUCUUCCUCCCCGUAUUUCGACGUCCCUGGGAAGUUGGAGCAGGUCUACUCAUCACAGCCACUGGCAUCCCAUUCUACUUGAUCUUUCUAAAGUGGAGACCCCGUGCCGUGGUCCCGUUCACGACCAUGUCCACUCAAACGGUACAAAAAAUCUUCCUCUCCCUGAAACAGGACUGAUCUUUUUUUACACAAUCUUCAAACCAUUAAAGAUUACCAUUUUUACUGUGAAACACCUUCGUGAAAAAUAAAGAAAUCAUUUCAUGAAACGAC